AUGGCAUCAGCCCAGGCUGUUUCUCGGCCAGAUCAUUUGCCCAGGGCGCCCGGCAGUAAUAACGCCAAUCUGUUCGUCCAGCUGUACUCGGAUGGCAGCAACGGGGUAAAUACGCAAAUCAGAAGAACGUCACUGUCAUCUUUUCCUCCAUCUUCGCGUUCUGGGUCGCAAAUGUCCCACGUCUCCCGACCACCUCAAUCACCACAACCGCCUCCGCCCGUCAUCAUGUCUGAGACAGACAGAACUUCCGAUCCUAGCUCCAAAAGCAAGACUUCAUCCACGGGCACCGGCGUGUCGUCGCAACACUCUUCUCUGUCCGGAACCCGGCGCUACAAUCCCGAUGCGCACCCACCAAGGAAGCUGCGCUCGCAGUACCCCCGUGGCGCAACAGAAAAUCAUGUCGAGUACAUUCUGGUGGCGUCUUUCGACAUUGAUCGCGGAUCUGUAAUGGACCAGCAGUACCCUGUUGCCAUCACUGGAGACGAAAAUAUGCUGGCCGAGCUGAUGCUGCCUGACGGCGCCCACAUGCGGCAUGAGGAUUGGACUAUAUUUUUUCUUCACAAGGAUCAGUCCGAGGAGGAGGAGGACCAGGAGCGACAAGCCAAAGAUGCGCGCAAGAGAAGGAGGCAGUUCAGAAGGGACAAGGCGCUAGGUCUAGCAGGAGGGCGGUAUGAGGGUGAUGCCGAAGAUGACAUAGAGAACGAGGACGAUGAGUACGGCUGGGAUGACGACUCUACCGAUAGCGAGGCAGAUGGUGUAGAAGGUCCUCCGUUGAUUUACGUGCUUAACUUGGUCAACACAAAGCUGGAUAAGACGGUCAAGCGAGGAUCCAUCGUGAAGGCGAUGGCAAUAUGCACGAGGCAUCCAUUUCUACACAUCUACAAGCCACUCCUUUUACUUGCAUUAGACGAGUAUUUCAAGGCCCCUGUGCCGGAGACUCUAGCGAUGCUUUAUGACGCGGUGAACGCAAUGGACUUGUCUCUCAUGCCGAAGCUUAGCUUCCUCGAAAGGCACCUUCUCCAGGCCAGUGAGAACAAGGAUUUGUUUAUGGAGAAGUUCGAGCAAAUGGUCCAGAUGAGGAUGGCCGAGGACCGUGGGGAAGAUGUUCCUGACCAGAUCUUCGACGCAAGCAGGAGCCCCGCCAAGAGACCCGGAAUCUCCAGGGCAGGGACUAAAGCCCAUUUUGAGGGACAGUCAACAUACUCGGUACCGAGAGAUACUCAUGAGUUCGAGAGCAAGGUUGUUUACAAGGGAAUCCCAAUCCCUAUAAAAGUGCCUGUAGCCGUCAUGCCGGAGACCGUCGGCGACUUCUCGCUCAUCAAGCUCAUCCAGACAUUCUCAGAACCGCACAUAAAAUCUCCACAACCAUUCCCAUUGCAUGCGCACCUUACAACCAACGGCCCAACCACGCACCCGAUCAUCGUGCUCAUCAAUGCGUUGCUGACGCAGAAGCGUAUUGUUUUCCUCGGCCACAACAUGCCAUCUGGCGAGGUGGCUGAAGCAGUUUUGGCCUCAUGCGCGUUGGUCUCGGGUGGUCUUCUCAGAGGUUUCACACGCUUCGCGUUCCCCUAUACGGAUCUGACCAAAAUUGAUGAUCUCCUCAACGUUCCCGGCUUCAUUGCUGGCGUCACAAAUCCGACGUUCGACUUGCAUCCGGAAUGGUGGGAUCUUCUAUGCGACUUGCAGACAGGUCGAAUGAAGAUCAGCAGCCGAAUCGAGAAUGCAGCCCCGACAGAAGGCCUUUUGUACUUCAAACAGCAGAACCCGGCCUAUGCGAAUCUGGUGACGAGUGGGCCCUCGAACAGCGCGACCGCCGACUUGACGGGCGACAAUGCCUUCAUGGUCGACAUACUCAGGAGCAUAGCGGCUCGGGCCGGAGAGCGGGUCGUGAGAGCAAAGUGGCGUGACUGGGUGGUCAAAUUCACCAGGAUAGCCGCCGCGUUUGAGGAGAGUGUUUAUGGGGCCAGCGCACUCUACAUUGGUGGCGACGAGCCAGAGGGAGCGGCAGUCCCCGUGGGCGGGCAUGGAUACGUUUGGGCGGAUGAAAAUGCAAAGAUGAGGGAGCUUGCAGGCAACGUAACCAGGAUAGAGGGCUGGAGAAACACACGGAGCUACUACAGCUUCAUCCAGGACCUUGCUCAACAUUACUCCAUCAAACCCCUCAAAGGCUUGGAUCUUCACCACAUGCACGACCGUCUGCGGACGCAACGGCUGACUCCGGCUCAGAGCCGUGAGAUUUACACGGCCUUUGCGCGGCACAUACACUCGUACGACGAGAUUUGCUUGCUGCUCACGGUAGCACCCGAGUCGCACGCUGGGCUUUUCUACAUUGCCCUCGGCUUAUUUCACAAAGAUCGUGAUGUUCGUUUGCGCACGGCGGACCUACUGGAGCGCAUAAGCGAGCACGAGGCUGGCCAGCACUGGUGGAAGGCGCUCACACGGUUUGAGAAGUUAGCGUUUGCGCGUAUAAGGCGCGAGGCCGAGCUAGACAUGCGCGCGAAGCUCGAGAAGGAGGGUCUGAGUCCGGUUGAGAAGAGGAUUAGUUGA